AUGGAGGAUUUCCCGGUGGCGGCACCUGUGCUUACGCCAGUGGAGUUCUCCGACCAUCACAUUCUAUCUUGUGAGUUGAACGUCCGCAACACCCCAUCUAAAGGUAGAGGGAUAUGGCGGCUCAAUUCAGACCGCCUGGUGGAACCAAGGGUUCAGCAGGCUUUCAAGGAUUUCUUCCACGACCAGAUUACUUUGGCCGACUUAGGUCAGACGAAGUCUGAGUGGUGGGAGAUGGUGAAGGCCAGGACUCGAAGGCUUUUUCACAAUCUUGCCCAGAACAUGCAAUCCUCUAGAUACAAGGUGUAUCUGAGCUUACUCGCGAGGUUAGACAUCUUGUUCUCGCAGGGAGGUGACCCCGAGGAUGUUGCGGCGGUCAAGGCCCUGAUAAGGAGUUUUCCAUAUGACAGAUACGCCUCCCUUGAAAAGGAGAGGGAUCAUGGGGCUUACCACUCGCCCGAUCCUUAUCUUAGUUGCAAGAGGAAGGAAGGUACCAAGACCAUCUCUAGUCUGCGGAGCGCCGACGGAAUCCUCGAGGAGUCCCCUCGUGGGAUUCUGAAGGUGGUCCGCGACUACUAUAUUGGGCUCCUCGGAAAGGGCAGACCCCGAUAUGCCGAGGGGGGAACGUCCCGCGGGAGGGAGGUGGAUGAUUUCUUGAGUGGGAUCACGCUUCCUGAGAAUACCGACCUUCCUUGGGAUGAGUUGGUCAGUGAGAUCACCAUAGAAGACGUCACAGAGAGUAUCAUACAGCAGAACAAGAAUAAGUUGCCAAGUCCCGAUGGCCUGACGGCUGAAUUCUACCAGCAGUUCUGCACUCUUUUGGCCCCUCAUCUAACAGAGGUGUAUGAGAGCCUGGCUCAAGGAUUACUACCAGCCUCGAUGAGGUCUUCUGCCCUGAUCUUACUGACCAAGCCGAACGUAGUCGACACUGCGGAUGUGGGGAACUGGCGACCCAUAUCCCUCCUUAAUGUCGAAAGGAAGGUCCUGGCAAAGAUCUUGAUGAAACGUUUACAGGGCCUGGCCGGUAGCAUCCUAUCCACCUCCCAGUACUGUGCGCUCGGGGGCAGAACUGUCUUCGAUGCCGUUUUCGAGGUCAGGGAAGCUCUCGAGAAGUGCAGGGCUGGGGUGAAGGGGAUAUACCUCCUGGCACUUGAUCAGUCCAAGGCUUUUGAUCGGGUCGAUCACCGUUAUCUAUGGUCAGUCUUGCGGAAGUAUGGCUUGCCCAGUAAAUUCAUCAAUUGGAUUAUCACCCUUUAUAGGGGGGCCGACAGCUUCGCUCUGGUAAACGGUUGGAAAGGCAGAGCGUUUGGGAUCCGAUCCGGAGUCCGGCAAGGCUGUCCUCUCAGCCCGCUCAUGUACGUAUUCGCGAUCGACCCCUUUAUAAGGGCAAUCGACGGGAGUGCGUUACAAGGAGUGGCCAGGGCUCCGGAGAGGCCUUUACGGGUGGUAGCCUAUGCUGAUGACAUCUCCAUCGUGGUCUCCAAGACUCAGGAGUCCGCUUUGGUGGAUGACAUGAUUCGCGCUUACUCUGCCGCUUCCUCCUCUCAGGUCAACAAGUGCAAGAGCGGAGUUUUCUGGUGCGGGAAGGAGGGGGACCAGUUUCCCCUUCCAGACGGCUUCCCUCAGGCCCAACCCGAAAUUAAAAUCUUGGGAGUGGUGUUCGGACCAGGGGAUCUGGCUCUCAGAAACUGGUCCGAAAGGCUUGCCAUAGCUUCCAGCAAAGUGGAGGAGAGCCAUCGGUGGAAACUGACCUAUAGAGAACGGGUGAAACUGAUUAAAACCCAUGUGCUGACUGUAUUCGGUUACGUCAGUAACAUCUUUCUUUUGCCCAGGUCUCUUCACGCUCCGAUGUUCGCUCUGUUCUUCCGCAUGUUGUGGGGGAACAGGCUGAACCUCAUCAAGAGAGGUCACUUACCUGGCCAGGAAGGACGGGGGUUUGGCCAUGGUCAACCCCAUCGUCUAUUUCAACAACACCUUCCUGAAAAGGAAUUUUGGGGCUCUCCUGAAGGACGAGCCGCCCGGCUGGGUAUGUAUUUUCAGGGAGUGGGUCGCACCUUUCCUGGUGGACUGGUUCCGGGGCGGGAAGGUGAAGAGUCUGAGAGUCUGGCACUCUCAUUACCUCCCGACUUCGGUCAUCGAGGGAGUGGGAAUUCUUCGCAGGUGGAAUGUCACGGUGGAUUCUCGACGGGAGGGUCCUGGCCACCCACUAUGGCAUUCAGCUCGCAUUGA